AUGCAGCUCAAACUCCUGGCCCUGGCCGCCCUUCAGGGCUUCGCCGCUGCGCAGACCACCGUCUUCAGCUCACAGGUCUGUGUGACCUCGACUGGGCGAGUCUCUGUUAGCCCAAUCCGUCGUACCACCAUCACCUCGUUUACUGGCUUGACCUUUCGCACCACCGUCUGCCCAGCGCCUCGCACUGCUACCACAACUGUUACACCACCUUUUGUCACUACCACAUCUACGGUGAGCGUCACGGCGUUCAGCACCGUUACUACCGUCCAGCUUACUGUUACCGUCUUUAACACCGUUACCGUGACGAGCACCGCCACGACUGGCAGCACCUCAACUGUCACCCAGACCACCACUUCGACAGUCACGCAGCCGCCACCACCGGGCUUCACUGCUCUGUCUGACGAGCCAGAUUACGUUGCCAAGAAGAAGAAGAAGCGUUCCCUAGCAGGACGCAUCCCACUCCUGAAGCGAGCUCCAUGCACAAAGAAAAAGUCCAGAACUGGCUCCGGCUCUGAUUCUGGCUCUGGCUCCAGCCCCGACUCCGGCUCCAACUCCAAUCUCAACCCCAUCCGAAUCGCCCAGAGACGAUACCCCCAGUCUGUUAGAUGCUUCAAGAUUGUCAAAACAGUGAGCGUCAGCACCGUCGUGCCCGCGACCUGCGUUCGGGCCAGGUCUACCACCGUCACACUUGCAACCAGCACCUCGACCGCUCUCACGACCGCCACUGCGGUUGUCACUACCACGGUUACGGUUCCAACUGCUACUGCCGUCACUGUCACCGUCAGCCCCACCGUCACAGGCCAAACUACCGUAACCGCGACGGUCACCACUACUACCACUGCUACUACCACGAUAACCGAGACCGCCCCAGCUCAGACUGUCUACGCUGCAUGCGGCGCCAGUAACCAGGUCUCAUCCGCCAACGGUGGCCACCAGUUUUCGGCCAUCAACGUCAACUCUCCUGGUGGUCAGAACCAGGUCUUCAGCAGGACUGCUAACUCGGCUUACGACUGCUGCGUGAGCUGCCUGCAAACUAACAACUGCAUCUUCUCAUACUACGACAACGCCGGCGGUUGUGAGGUUGUUGUUGGACAGACGUGCAACCCGCAAGAUGCCAUGGGAACGUCUUUUGAGACAUCUCAGGAUGGUGGCUUGAACUAUGUUCUCAGCAAUGGACCUUGCGGCCGCGUCGCCAAUGGCGGUGAUCAAUGA